GAAACUGCAGUUGCUGAGUUCAUUCUAGAGGGUUUCUCAGGGCUUGAUCAAAGACUACAGCUGUUUCUCUCCCUGCUCCUUCUACUCAUAUACCUGACAACAAUGAUGGGGAACACAACAAUCAUUUUCCUCGUGCAUGUGGAUCAGCACCUGCAAACCCCUAUGUACUUUUUCAUCAGCAGUCUGGCAUUCCUGGAAAUCUGGUUUACAUCCUCCACAACCAUCACAUUGCUGGCGAUUUUGAGCUCUGGUAGGAGAACAAUCUCCUUAAGCAGCUGCUUUGCCCAAUCCUAUUUCUAUUUUGCCCUGGGUUGUACAGAGUUUGCUCUGCUUGUUGUCAUGUCCUUUGACCGCUACGUUGCCAUCUGCCAGCCUUUGCAUUAUGCUGCCAUCAUGAAGCAGCAGCUCUGCACCCACCUGGUUGUUGCUGCAUGGGUCGUAGGCUUCACACUCGCGAGUUACCACCUGGUCCUGCUCUCAAAGCUGACUUUCUGUAGUCCCAACAAGAUCCACCACUUUUUUUGUGACAACUCCCCCUUAUUCAAGCUGUCCUGCUCUGACACCAGCCUGCUUUGGAAAGCAGACUCUAUUUUGAUAUUGUUUGUAGUGCUGGGUUCCUUAUGUCUAAUCACGGUGUCCUACAUGAGCAUCUUCCGCUGUAUUCUGCACAUGCCAGCAGUGUCUGGGAGGAAGAAAGCUUUUGCUACGUGUUCUUCCCAUCUCACCAGCUUAGCCAUUGUAUAUGGAAGCUGCAUUGUUCUCUAUGCACGGCCCUCAGAAGAUGUUUCCUUGGAGACCAACAGAGUUGUAGCUUUGCUGAACACUGUCCUGUACCCAUUCUUAAACCCCUUCAUCUACAGUCUCAGAAACAAGCCUGUGAAACUGGCCCUGAAGGAAGUCCUUGGCCGUGCGAAGGUUUGGCUUUUUCCCCAGCUAUGGUGCUUCUCGGGACAGCAAUUCUAA